AGAUCCAGUUCCAGUUCGGAUUCAGCCAUCGUCCAAUAUGUUUACGCUGCACGGGCAUUUAUUUAUAACCAAUUGAUGAGCUCUGCGAUGGCCGCCGCCCAGUUGGCGGAGCAGGAUCCAACAGCUGGGGCCAAUCCCAGACGAAGUUUUAGCGACUGGCGGCUGUGGUGUCGCUUAUGCGCAAAGGAUGAUCUGCAGGGGAACAUGAAUGUGUUCCUCAAGAACGAAGACUCCGGCGAGGCAUCCUCUUUGGAGUUGGCUACCGCCAUUGGCAAGUACUUCUGGGUGAAUAUAACUCGGGGCGAGGAUUUGCCGGAGAUGAUUUGUAAUGAGUGCCUGUCGCUAGUCACCUCGCUGGUGAAUUUCUCAGAGCGAAUUACUCGUGUUCAAAAGCUCUACUGCAUUCUGCAGAGUUCAUCCACUCAGGAGAACCUAAAUCUCCAGGAGCUGCGCUCUAAAUUCGGUCUGCUAGAAGAGGAACCUCUGACAGAAGUGCACUAUGUGGAUAAAAAGCCAAAGUUGGGCGAAGAGGUAGAUUUUUUGCCAGAGGAGUCGGCUUACGAAGUGGAGAAUCCCUUAACGCCAGAGGAAAAACACGAAAAAGAGCAGGCAGCAGAGCAGGAGCCUCCCGAGGAUCAAUCAGAGCAGGAGGAACCGGAUGACCAAGAUCGAGACUAUGAAGCUGAUGAGGAUGCGGUGCUGUUUAAGCUUUGCGAUGCCUAUGGCAUUCAGGAGGGCAACUCCUCAACUGGCAGUUUAAGCGACUCUCUGCCGGGGCAAGAAAAAGCUAAUAAAGGAGAAUCAGAUUCCGACAAAAGACACCAAUGCAGCGAGUGCUUACGAAGCUAUGCCACCUCCAGGACUCUUCAACGUCACCUGCGCCAGGAUCACGGUGAAAUCCAAUCCUCAACCGACCAGCUGCAGUGCCCAGAUUGCCCAAAGAAGUUCCGGCUUUUCUAUCAGCUGGAGCGUCACCUCAAAUGGCAUGUUCCUCUGACCAAGCGAAAGCAAUAUUCCUGCAGCAGUUGCGACAAGAAGUUCACCACCAGUGCAUCCGCCCAGCAGCACGAGCAGUAUAUGCAUCUGGAUGAGCGACCGAGGCCGGUAAUUUGCGAGCAGUGUGGUGUGGGUGUGCAUUCGAUGAGCGCCCUCAAAGAGCACGUUCUGAAGCACACCGACUAUGCUCCUUUCGAAUGCGAAGUGUGCAAGAAGUGCUUCAAGUCGGCCAACCGACUGAAGCACCACAAGGAGACGCACGAUCCGCACAAGUACAUCUGCCCGGAGUGUGGUAUGCAACUGAAUUCGCGUACAACACUGAAUCGCCAUCGCCUGGUGCACACGGAUCAGAUGCAGCACAAGUGCGACUACUGCGGCAGAGAGUUCAAGCGGGCCAAAGCCCUUAAAAAUCACCUCAUCCUGCACACUGGCUUGAAGCCAUACUCCUGUGACUUUUGCGAUCGCACAUUUGCCAAUGGAUCCAACUGUCGCACGCACAAAAAGAAGUCGCAUCCCGAGGAGCUGGCCGCCCAGGAGGCGGCGGGUGGUGGAAAGUCCCAUAAUCGAAAUAUACCCAAGUUGGAGGCUCUCAAGGCAUUCACCAAAAACAAGGACAACCUUUCGCCGGUUGCCACUAAACAAAGUGGUUGCUUUGCUUUUGGAAAGAAGCCUAAACCGCCCAUCAAAAAUACUGCCAGCCUUACUCCAGCCUCAAAUCCCGCUCUUUCUCUAGAUAACCCGCCCGAACCAGCACCUGAUCCUGGAGGGGAAAACAUAGCUCAACCCGAUCCUCCAGCUUCGGCCAUACCCACGAUAGAUAAUAUCUACAACCACAUUAUGAUUGACUAUCGCUGAUGACACCUACAGUUAGUUUGCAAUUUUUAAUAAUGCACUUUUACAAGUUUUUAUUUCAAAGCUUUAACAAGUUAUUUUUUUAAAUAUGUUUAGUAUCCUGUUUGGGACACCAAUUGAUCACCUGACUCAUAAAAUCUAUGUUUAGAGUAAAAAAAUUUUAAUUCUGCUUCUGAUUGAUUGUUAUUAAAGAAUUCAUGAUUAAUAAGAGAGCUUCGGAGCUGAACAGAAAAUAAAAUAUAUUGGUAAAUUA